ACACACACACACACACACACACACACACACACACACACACACACACACACACGUACACGUACACACACAUUUACUCACACACUCACACACGCUCAUCGGAGUAGUGAGUCACUCGGAGAUGCGGGUCUUGAUCCCUUAUUUCCACCCGUUUUCCGCUUGUUAUCCCCCCCCCCCCCCAUCAUCGGGGGAGGUUAGGAGUACAAACCGCUAUUCCUGGCUUGCCGGGGAGCGUCAUUUGAAUACGGUGCCUGUAUGUUUGCCAGCUCUUUCACCAUGCCAUCAUGCGUUCUGGGCACGUUGUAAACGUGCGUUGUGCUGCUGGCACCGGGUCUGAUCCACACGGUCUGGACGCACGCGGGGGGAAUCGGCGCACGGAGGGCGCGCGAGCGAGCGUCCGCGAGAUGAAAUCCACACAUCACACACUGAUCCCACGGGGGGAAAUCCGCCCACGCAGCUCAGCCUCCCCAUGACCUGGCUUCGUUAUGGUGGUCUGCCGCCUGGCCCCAUGGUUGUCCCUGGGCGCGCUGAGCCGCCACACCCACCUGCGGCUAGCUCUUCGGCCGUGCCACAUUUCAUUCUCCCUCCCGCUUCACUGAUUCAUGCAUUCAAUGCGUUUACUCUUCAAACUGAUUUGUGCUCGUGCUUUCCCGUGGAGGCUCUUUGCUUUUCAGUAUUCUGUGCUUCUCUCUCUCCUGACCCACGCAGACACGGUGACAGCUAGCGGUGAAUUGUCUUUGCUUUCCGCGCGAAUUCAAGGCUCUCGCAGCCUCUCCUAGGUGUUUUCUUUCUCAAACUUGUUGUCUUUCAAACACACACACACACACACACACACACACACACACACGCACACACAGACGCACGAGAAAACGCACGCAAACAUAAACAAACCUUUAUUUUCCUGUUCUCUUCCCCAAUCCCCGGUUCUGUUGGCCGCAGGUGGCCGCCACGGAUCAAUUUGUAUUCAUAGUUUAAAUUCCUUCUUCGACUUCCAUUCAUCCCAGUGAGGCAGGAGAGACGACGAUCACUGAGGAGUGAUGGAAAUGAAGCAAUAAAUUGUUAAACGUUCAACAUGGAUUUCAUACGGCUGUCAUCCGUGUUCGUUAUUAAUGGUCAUUACCUUUUGUAUUUAGAGCUGAUGACGGUAGCUUAUAAAAUACAGCCCCCCCCCCCCCUUACACACACACACACCCUCAAAUUGCAAAAACCUGUUUCAAAGGACCUCAAAUCAAUUACCCAUUUCUGUGCUAUAUAUAGACCAUGAUAACAAUUCAGCACAAAUCAAUAUGUGUUGUUCCCUUAAAGCCCCAUUCUUCUCCACACACACGCACACAUAAUUUGUGACUAUUUCAAUAAUGCAGCACUCGUGCAAAUCGAUGUGUCCUACCUUAAUGCCCCGUUCCUCCACACACACACACACACACACACACACACACACACACACACACACACACACACACACACACACACACACACACACUCAAGGUGGCUGUUUCAAUAAUAGCUGCAGUGUAGGAUGUUAGUGUGUGUCUCUCGAGCGAACAAGGUAAUUCAUCUCAAGAUCAGAAUAGCUUUUCCUCGCCUCACCAGUUCACACAGACACCCCUGUGAACAGAAUUGAAGCGUCUAUCGCACUUACACAAGGUUACUGUGUCCCUGUGUUCGCUCUCAGUCAUGGUGAGGUGAUGGUCAAUUCUCAUAGUAAGCCGAUAAGUGGAUGAACAUGCUUUAAUAUUUAAUAUUGAGCUCCUGGAAAGAUUCUGAGGUUCCUCUUAAUCCAAAGGAAAGCGCUUGUCUUGUCUGACUGUUGCCUGUGAAGUUAUGUUAUUAUCACAGGGCUCAGACCAUUUUAAUGCCCAAUUAAAACCUGCAUGGCGAUGAUCAAACCCAGAGCCACGCCCUCUCGUGGUUUGGAAGAAACUCUUCCUGAUAUUGGCAAAAGCACUGGCUUUCACCCUGGCUCCUAGAAGUAAAGAAACAGCCCCAGCCCUGCAUGGGAUUGCCCCCGGGGUAACACUAACCACCCAGAUGCAUCCCGGCGGCCUGGCGGGGCUGAUUGGACGGGGUAUGAGUCAAGGAGAGGAGAGCCAAAGCAGGACCGAUUGAUUAGAUUUUCAUGGAGGCAAAAAGGGCUUCCAAGACCCAUGACAGAUGGAAUUAGUGCCUGUCUGCCUACGUUUAUUAAAGGAAGGAAAACACUGUGUGUGUGUGUGUGUGUACCUUGUAUUUUUUUCUGGUAGUAUUCUAAUUUCAGAUGUCUCCCUGGGUGACGACACAUUCAUGAGAAGAUGUGGUGUGUGUGCGUGUGUGUGUUAGUGUGUGUGGGUGUGUGGUGUGUGGGCACUGACAUUGAGGAUCUGGGUUGUUCUGGUGCGUGCGAGCGUGGGAGGGCCGGUGCGGUUUUGAGAGAGAGUGCCAUUACUUUGUGCGUGUGAGUGUGUGUGACACAUCGGCGUCUCUCCUGCAUUAACAGGCAGGUGGCAUCCAGGGUUCUGAUGUAAGGGAAUCCCUUCUUUUUUUUCCCCCCACCUUCCGUAUAAACGUGUCAAUUAUUAUUCAUAUCGGGAACACAGAGCAAGAAGCCUGUGUUCCUCCCGGUUGUUUUCCCUCUUUUGCGGGAGGGAAGAAGAAAGGACAACUAACGGAGGGGGGAUGAAAGGGAGGCAGGGGGAGAGACAGCAGUAUUCUGUGCCACUCCCCCUUCCUGACUCUACUCCCCGGCUCCUCCGCUGCACUCCUUGACGUCAACACGGAGGCAGCCAAUCGGUGGCCUGGCUCUACUCCCCUCCGUCUCUCCCCGGCUCCUCCCCCUUUCCCUCGGCCAGUUAUAAAGCCCCCGGAGGUACCUUGAGCGGAGUGUACAAUGUGCUGCCAGAGAUCCAGCAGGCACCGCACAGAGAGAGAGACCGAGCCAGAGAGGGAGGGAGAGAGACGCCAAAGCGCGAGCGGAGACUACGGAGGGAAUCCGGGACGCCAGCAGUGGCCAGGCGCCCCCUUCGCCCCGCGUCCCCAGGAUGGGCUGUGGGCCGGGCCGCCCUGCCUGCCAGGCCCCGUCCCAGGCCGCCGCCGCCGCCGCCGGCUCGGCGCCGGGUCCCGAGGGGCCGUACCUGGAGCCCGGCGCCUCCAGGGUGCCGGACGUGCUCUCGUCCCUGGAGCGUCUGUCCCAGGCCACGGGGGGCAUGGAGAAGUCCUGGUACCGGUGCAUCUUCCCCUUCGGCAUCAUCUCGCUGGUGAUCGGCGUGGCGGGCACGGGGGUGACCUACACCUACAACGACCUGCCGCAGACCAAGGUGCUGUCGCUGGUGCUGCUGGGGGUCGGGCUGCUGCUGGUGCUGCUGGCCGCCACCUGCUGGACGGUCCACAAGCGCAAGAAGAGGAAAAAGAAGGAGGGCGGCUCCUUCACCUCUGAGCAGUGCCCCCUCUGAGGGUGCCGACCCGGGGCCGGACCGCAGAGAGCUGGGGGCCCGGGGGCCAGCGGCCGGGGGGGCCAGAGAGAGAGAGAGGCCGAGACCGCCCCGGAGUCCGGAGGACACGCCAGAACUCUCUUUCCCCCGCCGUUCAGACCCCUAAAACAUUAGACGCGACAAGUGACCUGUUGGAGGAUCCUGUGGGAGAUCUUUUGAGGGAUCUGUUGGGAGAGCUUUUGGGGAUCCUUUAGUCGAUCUGUUGGGGGAACCUUUGAGGGAACUUUUGGGGGAACUUUGGGAGAUCUUUUGGGGAUCCUUUAGGGAAUCAGUUUGGGGAUCUGUUGGGGGAUCCUUUGGGACCUGUUGGGGGAUCCUUUGGGAAUCUGUUGGGGGAUCCUUUGGUGGAUCUGUUGGGGGAUCCUUUGGGGGAUCCUUUGGGACCUGUUUGGGAAUCUGUUGGGGGAUCCUUUGGGGGACCUGUUGGGGGAACUUUUAGGGGAUCCUUUGGGACCUG